CGGGGUGAGCGGCCGGCGGUCGUUUCGCCGGCGGCUGCGGAGAGCGCGUGGCUGCUCCUCGAUCCCGGCGAGGACAACGGAUCGCCGCUGCGCGGCUGGACCGCGUCUUGCGACGCCGCAUGCCGCCGGCUCAAGCCCGUCGAUCUACGCUCUCUGACUUGCCGGAGGCCCUCUGCCGCCUACGAGCUGUUGCUCGCGUGCAACGAGCUUCGCUCGCUGCCGGCGUGGGUCGGUGCGUUGCCGCAGCUACACGUGCUCAACCUGCAGCACAACCGGCUGCGGCGGCUCCCGGCGGCGGUGCUCCGCAUCAAGGGGCUCCACUACCUGCGCUGGGGCGCGCAGAAGCCGCACGUUAGGCUAGCGCAGCAUGGCCAUUCGCUCAAGAAGCUCCACCUGGGCUGCAACGGCGUGACUUGCGUGCUCCCCCACCUCACGCGGCUCACCGAGCUCUGCCUCGAGGGCAACCGGCUCUCGGAGCUGCCCGCGGCGAUUGGCCGGCUCGACAAGCUUCGCGAGCUGUGGCUGCACGGCAACUUGCUGACUUGCCUCCCCGCGGAGCUGGGUCAGUGCGCAUCGCUCACCGUCCUCCAGGCGCACCACAACCGCCUCGCGGAGCUGCCCGCCGCCCUCGGCGCGCUCCGCCGGCUGCGAGGGCUCUACCUCCAGUCCAACAGGCUCGGAGGGUCGCUGGCCGCGCUGCGCCAGAGGGUGCUGCGUCACUUGCCGCUGCAGAACCUCGCCCUCGGCGCCAACGCCUUCGACCUCGCCGAGGCGUCAGAGCUGGCCUCUGAGCUGAGCGGCAGCGCAGCCCGCGCAGUCACCUCCUCCGGCCACUCCGGCGCGGCGCGGAUCGGGUUCGGCUGGGACGCCCUCUACCUCGCCGACCCGUCGAACUCGUACUACCUGCAGGACCCGGCCGGCGGGUGGGGCGGCUACUUCUAG